AGGCAGCCACGGGGAGGGGAGCAAGGGAAACGUCUGGGUCGCGUGAAGAGAGCGGCGACUUCAGAUAGCGCAGGGCGCCGGCAUUUCGCUCACCUCCCCGGGCAGCCCCGUGGGCAGCGAAGGAUCCUCGCCCGCGUCCGGCUCCCACUUUCUUCUUCCUCGCCGCAGCCUUCCUUUCCGGGUUAGGGGCGCAUGCGCAGAAGAGCUGGGAAGCGGCAGCAUGGCCUCUCAGGCUAAGCGGAGGAGAACCGACGGGCCGCCGGAUUGUCGGGAGGAGGGCGCUGACGGAGACGACUCUGAGUCGGAGGAAGAAGAUGAGGAGGAGGAGGAGGACGACGACGAAGAAGAAGAAGAAACAGAAGAAGAAGAGCUCGACGAGGAAGUGAAUGUUGAAUUUGAAGCACAUUCAAUAUCAGAUAAUGAUCAUAAUGGAAUUAAAAAAUUGCUACAACAGCUUUUUCUGAAGGCUCCUGUUAACACAGCUGAGCUGACUGAUAUAUUGAUACAACAAAAUCACAUUGGGAGUGUUAUCAAGCAAGCUGAAGUUCUUGAAGAAAGUGAUGAUGAAGAUGAUGCUGAUGAGGUUUUUGGCUUUAUAAGCCUUUUAAACUUAACUGAAAGGAAGGGUACCCAGUGUGCUGAGCAAAUUAAAGACCUGAUUUUAAGCCAAUGUGAGAAGAACUGUGAGCAGAGUAUGGUUGAACAGCUGGAUAAACUCCUAAGUGACACCACCAAGCCUAUAGGCUUUCUGCUAAGUGAAAGAUUCAUUAAUGUACCUCCGCAGAUCGCUCUGCCCAUGCACCAGCAACUACAGAAAGAACUGACAGAAGCACAGAGGACAAACAAACCCUGUGGAAAAUGCUACUUCUAUCUUCUUAUUAGCAAGGCAUUUAUUGAUGCAAAGAGUAAUGCUAGAAAAAAGGGAAGCAGAGUACAGAAGAAAGAAGAACUUAUGUUUUCGAAUGCUGAAGAAGAAUUCUUUUAUGAAAAUGCACUUCUGAAGUUCAGUUACUCUGUACAAGAGGAAAGUGACAUGUGUUUGGGAGGCAGAUGGUCUUUUGAAGACACACCCAUGAAACCUUUGAGAACUGUGAUGAUAAUCCCUGCUGACAAGAUAAACAGCAUAAUGGAUAAACUAAAAGAAUAUCUUUCUGUCUGAACCACUAUCUGCUAACAAUGGCUUUGUGACAUCACCCCACAAGAGUGCUUUGAUUUUUAAAUGUUUUCUAGAUUUUUUUCUAUAUCAGUUUUGUGUUCUUUCAGCCAUGCAGUUAGCUACUUACAACAUUCUUAUAUGCCAUUAUGAGAUGGUAUUUAAAUAUCUGAUUACAAGUGUAAUAAAGACAUCAUUUUAAGAAUUGACAAAUACCUUUUCACCAGUUACAGAUAGUGUGUUCCACAUUAUCAAAUAUGAUGAUAAACUGUUAUAAUCACUUUGUUCAACUGUAAAAUACCUGUACAUUUAUGAAGACUGAUAACUGGGGUGUAUACAGUAAACAGUUGUUAUGUAUACUUCAACUUAGUUUUAUCUAGGAAGCUUACUGAAUAAUGCAUCGUUGUUCAGCAGGUGUUUGAGGAUAUUUUUCACAUUCUUUGUCUUCGGUGAUGGGUUUUUGUUCCUUACCUACUCUUGAAAUGGGUGAUAAAUGAUUGAUUGCUUCUUGCAGAAUAGCCUUGCUUUCACUAGGAGGCAGGUUGCUAAAAUAGUAUUGAGGCACUAGCUUCAUAAAUCUGAUACAAAACAGAAUAAACAAGGAAGGACACGUUUUUAAGAUGAACAUUUCCUUGUAUUUUUAUAUUACCAUUUUAUAGCUCAUGCAAAGAAUGCUUAUAGACAGAUAUUUUAAUGCAUUAUAUACAGAACUGAACAGUUGGAAUCUAGGAUUAGUUCCAAAGAAAAUUUUCAUAUGAAAGUAUGGAUACUUUAUAUUCCUAAGCAUCUUUACAAAUUAAUAUACUCCAUCUGACCUUAGAAUGGUAGGAAAUGGCUUCCAGUUGUUCCAGAUUGCAUGUUAAAUACAGAAUGUUCCUGGACUUGAACAUACAAAGAACAAAUUCCAUUUGUAUAUUUGGCACAUACACUAUUGAAAUUCAUAGCCCAAGAAGGGCCAAACUUUUAUCUAUUUUAAUGAAUCUAGUUUAAGCAGAAUGUCCUAAUGCUAUGUCUACUGCAUUGGUUUUAAAAGUCAUAGUAGUUGCUAGUCCACAUUCAGUAGAAAUGAUUGCCAUUCAGAAGCCUGAAAUGGUGAGAAAUGCUUCCUUGCCUGUUUAACUGGAGAUGUCAGUUUACCACAGGGUAGUACAAACCAAGGUGCACUGAUAAAAUACCAAACACUCAGGGCUUUUAUUCUGUAGUAGAUCUAUGUUCUUCAACAUUACUUUCUAAUACUCUACUCCAGUUUCAAGAAUGGCAUGGAUUUUGUUCUACUUUGGUUUUAGAACUGUUGAUUGUUCUGCCAAAAUAUAUUCUCCCAUUUAAGACCAGUACUUUCAGUAAGUGUUAUUAAAAGGGGGGUAGCAGUGUAUCAUUUUGAACUCACUCAAUAUUUGGGUAGGCACAACGUUGAGCUAGUAAAAUAGAACUGGAGCAGCUAAAGGCUGAACAUUCCUAUUUAAAUUUCUAAUUAAAAUUUUAAUCUCUCAUGCCAUGGCUCACCAAGCAAAAUGCAUUAACCAGAAAUUAUUUAUUUCAUAAAAACCGCUUCUGAAGUUCAGCCAUGCUGGGCUGCAGCCUCAAACCAUCUGUAUAGGAAGGGUCUAAUUCAUUUCAUACAGAGAAAUUAUGUUAUUGUGACCUCUACCGGGUCUCUUCUACAAGGGCUUUUAUUAAAAGCCUAGUUGUAUUCCAGUGCUAGCACCUCCCCCCACCC